GCCACAGAAGGUUAAGUACGAGGCGCCUAGAAGUCGUCGUCCAUGGUGAAGGACGGCGCGGCCGCCGCGACGGGCUGGGGCGCGUUCUCCUUGCCCGCGAGCGCCUCGUUGAUGCCGUCGGCCGUCGCCUUCAAAGCGCUGCCGCAGAAGAGCGUCGUGCCGUCGGCCCCGAUGAUGACGAGGUGCGGCACACUAUUAAAACCGAAGGCGGCCUUGGCCUUCUCCUUCGUCUCCAAAUCCAUGCCGCCGUGCGUGAUGUGGUCCCAGUCGUGCUCAUCCACCAGUUCCUGGGCGAAGUCCGGAUCAUCUAAACAUAAUGCGGCGAAGACGACCUUGUCCCCCAAGGCCUCGGCGAUCUUGUCGAGCUUGUCCAAACACGCCGGGCAGCGCUCGCACCGCGUCGUCCAGAAGUCGAUGAUGAGCGGCUUGCCGGCGCGCAGCUUCGUUAACGAUGACGCGGUGCUGUCGUCAUCAAAAAGGGUCAGCGGCAGGUCCGGCGCGGCCGCGGCGAGGGCGGACAUGGCUCUGGCUGUGCAAAAAGCGGUGUUACCGGUCGUUUUUCGGCGUCGCUGUUACGAGGCACGCAGUAAUUGAUCAAAAGCUGUCAGUGAGCAGCGCGUCGCGUUUCAGAGGCAAAAUCUAUGCACGAUUUGGAGCAGGCUUG